GGGAAACUACAGAAACAAACAAUGCAAAACAUAAGGCUUAUAGAUCAGAACAAUCAACACUGACACUGUCUUCAUCACACGCGGCGCACCGAACUCUCACUCCCUCGCCACCAACCACUUCCUUUCUUUUCAUUCUCUUCUAAACGUUAAACUUCACCAACUCUUUUUUUUUUUUUUUUUUUUUUUUUACUCUCUCUGCAUAUUCCUUCGCACUUUGACAAUGGAAGCGUUUCACUAAAGAACAAGACGAGAGGGCAAUUAAUGAUUUGUUUCUCCUCUUAAUUCAGAACCAGCGCUGAGAAGGAAACUUUGUCAAUUCAUAAUCCACUGAUCUUUAUGUGGCCUAUGCUCUUCUGUUUUUGUUAUUCGAUCACUGCAACGUUGGACGCGGUUUUCUGUCUCUGUCUUGAGAAAAUUAUGUCCUCCUCUUCGCUUCUUCGUCUCGGAAAUCCUCUCUCCAAUUUUCAACGCUUUCUUCUCUGUGUCACUCCAGAUGUUCCUUCAAGGACUCUUCAGAGCUGCUGUAGUGAUGCAACUGGUCAAUCCUUACCUCUUAGCAAGGACACAAUUGCAUACAUCACUCUGAAAGAUCUAUGGGAUUGCUACAAUGAAUGGAGUGCAUAUGGUGCUGGUAUUCCUCUCAUGUUGGACAGUGGUGACACUGUGAUGCAGUACUAUGUUCCAUAUCUGUCUGCUAUCCAAAUCUACACCAAUAAAUCUGCUUCUAGGAUUAUUCGGAGAGACGAUAGUGGAGUUGAAUUUGAAAGUGAUUCCUGGAGUGACGAUAGUGGAAGUGAUAACCUAUCUAGAUCAUUGAGUAACAAUUCUAGCAAAGCAUGGGAUAUUGAUUCGGAUUCAAGCUCUGACCAAGCGGGUUCAUGGCCAACAAAGGAUGAUGACUACCUUUACUUACAGUAUAAUGAAACAUCUCCACCUUACAAAAGGGUUCCAUUUGCUGAGAAGAUAUCUGAGUUGAGCAGAAGCCAUCCAGCAUUAAUGACAUUGAGGAGUGUGGAUAUUUCCCCAUCAAGUUGGAUGGCUGUUGCUUGGUACCCAAUCUAUUCUGUACCAUGUCAGAAAAAUAAAAAGGACCUGGCAGCAAGCUUCCUCACUUUCCAUGCACUGUCAUCUCCUUCCCAAGAUUGUGCAAUCAAAUGCGAUGAAAUUGACUCGGGGAAAAUUACAAGUUAUUUACCUGGGUGGCGAAAUAUUAUUAGAGAGAAAUGCAAGAAAAAAGAGAGUGGCUGCAUACCUCUGUCUCCAUUUGGGCUAGCUACAUACAAAAUGCGGAAAGAUAUGUGGUCAAACCCCUCCAAUAAUCCAAGAGUGCCUGAUCUGUAUAAUGCUGCAGACUUGUGGUUGAAGAACCUCAACGUUGACCACCAUGACUUCAAAUUCUUCAAACUCAGACCUACCUUGUAAAUCCCAUCACUAACUCACCCCCCCUUUACUUAGUUCAGUAAUCAGUACUCUGAUUUCGGUAUCAGAGGCCCCGUAGGUGAAACACUAAGGAAACGAGGUUAUAUGUCAAAAGCAUGAUGUAUAGCACUUGAGCACUGUACAGUUUUGUUUACCCGGGUUAUGUUUUUUUAUCCCCCUCAAUCUUUUUUAUUAGGCUACUUUUAAAGGUAACAAAAGUUUUUAGGAAACUAAUUUAUUACUAUCUCUUUUUUUAGUAUAAUAUUUUUUUUCCUUUAAAUAUUUGAGUUUCGCAUAUCAUAUUCUUCUCCUUUAUUGCAACGUAGCACGUGAGAUGAAUUGCCUUGAAUUCGGGAGACAUAAGAAGAAAAAUAUGGCAUGAAAGCAACCUUUGGUAGGUCAAUUUGGAUAGCGAGGAGG